AUGCAUGUUUUAUCGAUUGCAAUUCUAGUCAUCAUCCACGCAUGCACUUCUAGAGCCGGAGUUCUUGAGGUCAUAGAUUACAAUCGCGAAUGUUUGAUAUGGUCCAACGGGAACUAUGGCUGUACGGGUUACUCGGCGUCUUUUGCCUUACUAGAUGGAGAUGACUGUUCAAAGCUCAGUGAGAAAAGCUCUGCGCUCAGUGUUGACGUAUGCGGCACAGAAGAUGGUUCGCCGGCUGCUUGGAUACAGGUUAACCACACGGGUCUGGUUACUUUUUAUAAUAAGAAUGGAAACAUAUCGACUUGCGUACUCAAUAAGGGACUUAAGGCUGGUAGCUGGUGCAUUGCGUCUGAAACAGAAGUAUCCACAACAAACUUGCUUUCAUACUCUGCAGUGCCGACGACCUUGGUUUCUGUUACCAACAAGUCGCUGUCCACCACUCUAUCUAUUGCCACUCCAUCUACUGCCACUCCAUCUACUGCCACUCCAUCUACUGCCACUCCAUCUACUGCCACUCCAUCUACCGCCACUCCAUCUACUGCCACUCCAUCUACUGCCACUCCAUCUACUGCCACUCCAUCUAUUGCCACUACAUCUAUUGCCACUCCAUCUACUGCCACUCCAUCUACUGCCACUCCAUCUACUGCCACUCCAUCUACUGCCACUCCAUCCAAUUCCUCUUCAUCUUCUGCCACUCUAUCCAAUUCCUUUUCGUCUACUACCACUCUAUGUACUGCCACCACGGAAAAGGACAUCCCAACUGUUGUUUGUGAGGUUGUGGCUUAUCCCUUAUCCACCAUUACCAUGAUCAGUAGCUGUUCAUCUUCAUCAUGA